AUGAACCCUCUAGGAUUCGUGGAUAUAAUGCAUCUGGAAGUUAUCCUACUGUUGGUUCCCUUCAUCACAAGCCUUGCAGAGGCAGUUAAGUAUGAGCUUUUGGUUUUGGAUGAGGAUAUAUUCAGCAGUUGUCAUGAUCCUGAUCCAAGAACACUUGACCUAAAUGGCUUAAUGGACUUCUCAGACCUAACAACUUCUAUGGAUGCUGAUGGUAUUACCGUUAGGGGAAACACGACUCUGGUGUGGGACAUUCAACAGAAGGAUCGUGUACAGAUGAACAUGAACCUUUCGUAUUUGGACAGAGGCACCUGGACGUCUACUGUGUUCUCAUUGUCUUCAAGGGAUUUCUGCAAGGUUAUGUACGACAAAAAUCAGCCUUGGUACAAAUAUUGGACGGAGCAUAUUUCUAAUGAUAUUAAGGAUAAAUGUGUGAAUGUUUCCGGAACAAAAAUGGUAUAUGAGACCUUCGUGCUGAGUUUGACCGCCAACGUUGCGGGUGGCGCCUUUCGCGAAGGACGGUACAAAACCAAAAUAAUAUUCAGAGCUUACGAUUCCUCCGGAACGGAGCGGCCAACUCGAAUUUGCUUUGAGAUACAGGGAGAACUAUUUAAAGUGUGA